AUGAGCGCCCAAUCCACGCAAUGUGGUGCGGGUGGAAGCAGAAACUUGGCAGGCAACGUACCUACCUACGGAGGUGUGGACCUGGGUGGAGCUCGUGGUCCGAUGCCCAAUGGUGGGGAAGCCAUGAAUCGAGCUAUGGCUGAAGGCCAUGAUCUACUGAACGGUGUGGUGACUGGCCCGUUUGAAGGUCGCCAGGAACCACACGUGCCCGGUGGGUCAGGUCCGACGGGCUCGCUAUCAACUACUCGGCCGAUGGAAGCGGCCCCUGAACCAUCUUCGUCUGCAAGGCCACCUGCGGAUCCUGUUCCAAGAGCUACUGCGAGGAGUGCAGGAGGUCUGGAUGGGCCCCUUGGUGUGGAGAUGCCUACGAUGGUGGGAACCGGAACUGGCGCGACGGUGGAUUCCGGAACGGGUCAGCAGCCAGCGACAACUCCAGAGCAACAUGACAUCAGUACACCCCGACAGGAUGGUUUGCUGGCGGAAGGCAACGUGGGAGCCUAUGCAGGCCCAGUUGCAGCAGCAGUGCCCCAGUUGACGGAUCAAAGGAAUGCCUUGGUUGCAGCACUUCAGGCGGGGGCGGCAAGGAUGGUUCAGGAUGGUGUGGGGGACAGUCCUGGAGCUGUGUCUGUGGAGUCGGGAGAGAUGGUAGAGCACAAUGGGGAGCAGAUGGACCUACCGCUCUACGUGAACAGCAACCUCGUCUCCUGCAAGGACCCCUUGCCCAGCAAGAACAGCAACCUCGACUACUGCAGGGACUUUCCGGAACGCAUGAACAACAGCCCCGACUACCUGCAGGGAUCUCCCGUGAGCAUCCAGGCGGAGAAUGCGGAGCUUCGACAGCUCCUGGUGUCGAUGAUGGCACAGGCUUCGGACCUUCUGAACGAGGUGAACCUCAUCGGUCUUCGGACGCAGGUGCCGAACUUCCGCAGGGUCCUCCAGGUCUACCUGCCCAGGGGUGAUCUAGGUGGACGGCGAGGAGAGCAAGAUCGGUGGAUCAAUGAGCCAGCUGGAAGGCGUCUGAGUGGUGGUGGCCAGAGUGAUGCCACAGGAAAGCCCCAGAACCACCAGGAACAAAGCGCCAGCCUCGGCGCUCAGGCUGACGGUCACCGACAAGAUGAUGGGAGGGCCCAGCCGGCCCCAAUGGACCUUCUAGCGGAAGGAAUCAAGCAGCUUCAACAGCUGCAUCUACGACGAGACGGACAUGAUCCGGAACUUCUGAAGGGAAGCGUGGAGCUUCCCAAGCUCCCAGAGCCCUACCAGGACCAGAGCGCCAUUGCGUUCCUUGAGUGGAUCUACGAGGCGGGACAGGUCGGCUCGAUCACAGACCGGGCUGCGGGUUGGUGGAGUGUGAACGUGGAGUUAGCGAUGGAGGCUUACCACCGCUUCCAGGCCGAGGUCCCUCUCAAGAGACUCCAUGUGCAAGCCUCGGAAAGUUCUGAGGUGGAUCCGGAAAAGUGGGCGAGAUUGGAGCGGAGAGUGAUGACUUUGUUACUGUCGGCCAUGACUCCAACGAUCAAGGCGGAGAUCACGAUGCUACGGAUCAACCGUGUCAAGGAUUGCCUCUUCAAGUUGUACACCACUUUCGCCCCAGGAGGAGCGAGUGAGAGGGCAAGUUUGAUCCGGCAGCUUGAACACAUCAAGCCCGAGGGGAACAUCGUGGACUUGAUCACUUCCCUUCGGAAAUGGAAGAAGCUGACAGGACGGGCAGCCGAGAUGGGCGUUUCUUUGCCAGACGGUUCGGUUCUCCUGAUGGCUUUGGAGGGUGCGAUCAAGAAUGUAGCUGAAGGCAACAAGGAUGUGGCGUUCAAGUUGAAUAUGGCGAAGCAGGAGCUACGACUGCCCUACCAGCCUUCCUUGACUGCGGUUCUGACUUAUGCGGACCAUAUCCUUGCGGAGCUUCAGCAGGUGAUCCCCUUCAAUGCCAAGGAACAGGGCGCCAAGUUGAAGGGCAUGACCUCGGACCCCGCGUCUCCAACGUCAUCGGCGUCCUCACCUACAGGAAAGGGCCAAGGACAAAGGGCUCCUUGCAAGUUUUGGCUAUCGCCAGAGGGAUGCCGACGGGGAGCUGCCUGUAAGUUCAGCCAUGUGUUCGCCACCAAGGAGGAGAAGAAGGCGAGGUGCUGGACUUGUGGUUCAACAACACACCGGCAAGCUGAGUGCCCUACCAAGCAAGGGGGCAAGCGGUCGCAGAAGGGCGAGAAUGAGAAGAACAAGCAAGGACCUCCUGCUUUGAGUCCUCAAGUGGCAACUCUGACGGCGCCCUUGCCGUCUACAGCGACUCCGGUGACACCGACUACCGCGACCUCAACCUUGGAGCACCCAACGGCCCCACCAACGGAGAGAUCACCUUUGACCUCAGCUACUACCACGGUGGACCCAAUGGCUACUUCGAGUGGAUCCUCCUCGGCGGCCUCUACGGUGUUGUUUUCGGACCAAGCGGCAGGAGAGGUCCGGGAGCUAGCUGAGCAAUUCCUGUCGAAGAUCAAGAGGCUAGCCCCGAUGCAGGCGCAGACGGACGGGGCUGUGAUGAAUCUGGAGCUUCUCCUUCGAUCCCAAGGACUUGGUGAGAGCCAUGGGAUGGCCCUCCUGGACAGUGGUGCUUCACAUGCUUAUCGAGCUCCCCGUUCCAAGGAGGAAGCAUCUACCGCUCGCAGGGUCAGGGUGCAGCUGGCCGAUGGCAAGACAGUCUACCUCCGCCAGAACAAAGGAGGAACCCUUCUUUCGGAGGAGGUCCAUGGAAUACUGCCCACGAAGUUGGUGGGAGACACACCUGUGCUGCGUGAAGCUCAAGCACUCCAACUCAUCGCCGACUUGGAACAGGUGGAACUGGGAAAACUCGAGAAGCAGACGGAAGAGGGUGUGCUGAAGAUGAUCACGCAGGAUGAGGAGGCGGUCACCACGUGGAUAGAUCAUGCCGAGGAGUUUGUCGAGACUGGCGAACGGGCCAGCUUGAGGCGCAUGCUGUUGGACCCUGAAGCACCUCUGCAAGCUCCGUUGGAAGAGGACAUCACAGCCCUCCUUGGCGUGGAUGACAAGCUCCUACUUUCGGACGAUGCGGGCGCGUUCUACUUGAAGGCGCUUCCUUGGAACCGUACGAUGAGAAAGAGGUUGCUCAGGACCCGGUGGAUAGUGCAUCUCUACAAUGGAGAUGAGCAAGGCGCUGAGUUUGCCAGGGCAGAGUCUGAUGAUGUCACUGUGGUUCGGAUGGAUAUCCGGAACAACAAGGCCUUCGACCUCCGUACCUACACACCGGCCGUUCGGGCCCUAAUGUGGGCAGCGGCGAGGGGACAGAUUGAAGGAGUGAUUGGAGGACCACCUCGUGGCUCAGAGUCAGGCUCGAUGCUUUUCCGCAGGAUGAUGCUGCUUUGGCUGGUGGCGCACACCGGGGCAACCAAGGAGUGUUUGUGCUCCCCUUUCUUCAUGAUGGAGGCGCCAACCUGGCAUCCGGUUUGGACCAGUUUCUCCUGGACCCGGUUCAAGGAUGAGUUCCGCUACUUUCGCUACCAUGCUGUUGCUUCCGGGAAUGGGGUGUACUUCUUGGCAGGGACGCUCCCGAUUUCAGAUGGCUUGAAUGUGGAGGAGAGUGAAAUCCCGCGGCUCAACUACCCCUCACCGGAAUCGAGCUGGCCCCCUGAGCUGAAGGUCGGUUUGGCGGAAGCAAUGGUUAAGUGGAAGAAUGGAAGCCGACGACGUCAAGAAGCAAUGAUGUGUAAGAUCGCCGGGCCCAAGGAGAUGAAUGCACGGGACCUAGCCUACUGGGAGAAGCAUGUGGCCCACGGACAUGUUCCUUAUGACCGAAGAUGUAGGACUUGCGUCCGGGCGGCAGCAACGGGCCGUGCUCAUCGGCGAUGUGUGGCCCCGUCGGCCUACACCCUGGGCAUCGAUACUGCUGGUCCCUUUAGGACAAGGGGAGAAACAGCUGGUGAGAAGGGACUGAGGUACCUGCUGAUUGGUGCCUAUUCCCAUCCCCGCUUGGAACCGGCAAAGGACGCGGACCUACCUGAGGAUGAGGAGGAGGUGCCGAUUGAGGCUGAGAUCGACCCCUUCGAAGAGGACCGUGGAGAUGUGGAGCAACCUGAUGAGGAGGAGGACGACGAGCAGAAGGCAAUGAACGAACGUUUUAAAGCCCUCUAUAAGGACAUCGGCGACGAUAUUGACUACCAGACCCUUCCCUUCGUCGUUCCAAUGAAAACUCGCACAGCGAAGGAAGUGCGGGCCCGGAUCCAGCAGAUCUACCUACAGCUACGACAGCAAGGACUCCCUUUGGUGCGCAUCCACAGUGAUCGUGGACUUGAGUUGAUGGCCAAGGAAACAAGGGAGUGGAUGGCUAGUCGGGACAUCCUGGCAACGACUGGGGAGAGUCAACAACCCCAACAGAAUGGCCGAGCAGAGGCGAUGGUCAGAGUCGUCAAGAACCGUGUGAAGCUUCUGUUGAGGGCGGCUUCCUUGCCUAUGUCCUGUUGGCCCCUUGCUGCGGAGUUCCAUGCCAAGCGACAGCGAGACUUGGCUUUGGGUGAUCGCUCCGAUGCGGCGCUGCCGUUUGGGGCGCCAGUUCACGUGAAACACAAGAGGUUCGGGCAGGGUGGCCGGUACGACCUUGCUGAACGAUGGCGGUCUGGCACCUUCGUUGGAUAUUCGGGAGACGUCCGUGAAGGACGUGUGGUGCGGCAUGGCGAUGGGAGCUACACGACGGCCGUGCACAUCAAGCCGUACCUCAUCGACUCCGACGACCUGGUGAACCAUGGUCCCUUUGAGAUGGAAGUUGAAGACCCGGUGCGCCGAGUCAGGGGCAAGACCUCGUUGGCCCAGCUCCUUUCAGAUCCCACUACGGACGUUGAUCGCAAGGCCAAGGAGCUUAUGGAGGCGGAGCUCUAUGGAGUGGAGAACUUGGUGGAACUAUGGGAGACCCUGAAGGCGCAGGUAUACCGGCGCCUUGUCAUUGCGGGCACGGAAUUGCAUGUUUUGGCAGCAGGUACUGAUGACACCCAGGUUACCCUGCUUAGCAAGUUUUCCCUCUGCACAACAAAAAGAGCAAAGACGGAUCAGUACCCAGUGCAUCUGGCAGAGCUUGCCGCAAUCGGCGAGUCCUCGGCUGAGUGCAGCUUCUCUGCGGGGAGUUGA